CCCGAGUUUUUUGAGUCAGUCUCGAUUCAGACUCGAAUGAGUCGUCGUUUUAUGUCAGAUUGUUGAGCUUCAAAAAACAACAUUAUUAACGAGUAUCGGGUAGAAUUGCCUAUGCAAAAUCAAGAAACGAUUAACCAAAGACAAAUUUAAAGACUAAUCGCGAACGAUGGCGCCUUCCACCGCGACGACGUGCCGGUCGAGAGCUGACGGUCGUCGCUCGCAUCUGCUGCUAUCGGUUCGGACGCUGGUUGCAAUCACAACCGCGGUCGCGUUUUUCGCACUGCCGGUCCAUUGUCAGUCCGAAAAACGGCUUUCGUCCAUCCAACAGCAACAGCAACAACACCAGUACUACGAUUCGGAUGAGCUGACCAGUGGCAGUGGCGGAGAGGUGAUCAAGAGCAAAAUUCGGCCGGAUACGUACUCUCAAGACCCUUCUGUGCAACAAUACGAAAAGCACUUGCAACAUGGCAAGCAGUCGGACGUGGUCGGCUCGGCUUCAACCGUUUACGGCGAACAGUACGGCGACGGAGGCGCACUGAUGCAGCAGGACCAGCCGCUGUUGGAUGAGGAGGCCCAAGAGUCGAUCAGCUCGGGUUCGAUAAACAACCACAGGAUACCACAGUAUACUCGCGGUGGAUCUCCUGUGCCCUCUGACGUGGUCGAGGGAAAGAACGUGGGCAACCGGGCGGUCGGCAACAACUACCAUCACCCAGGUAAUCCGUCAUCGGCCACCGGUGGUUACGCCGUCGACUCGGCGUACGGUCCGCACUACAGUUCCCAGGACCUGGUACAGGACCAAAACUAUCAGCUCGAGUUCAAGUAUCACGACUACGACAAGAUGACCAAGUUCCUGAGGACCACGUCGUCUCGGUUCCCCAAUCUCACAGCCCUCUACUCCAUCGGAAAAUCCGUCCAAGGUCGUGAUUUGUGGGUCAUGGUGGUGUCUUCCAGUCCUUAUGAACACAUGAUUGGCAAACCAGAUGUCAAAUACGUGGCCAAUAUGCACGGAAACGAAGCUGUUGGCAGAGAGCUCAUGUUGCAUCUCAUUCAGUAUUUGGUGAACAGUUACUCGGUGGACCCAUACAUCAGGUGGCUUUUGGACAACACGCGCAUCCACGUGUUGCCGUCGAUGAACCCUGACGGUUUCGAGGUGGCACGCGAGGGUCAGUGCGAUGGUGGCCAGGGUAGGUACAACGCUCGUGGCUUCGACUUGAACCGCAACUUCCCGGACUACUUCAAGCAAAACAAUAAGAGAGGGCAACCGGAAACUGAUGCCGUCAAGGAAUGGACUUCCAAGAUACAGUUCGUGCUGUCUGGUGGACUUCAUGGGGGUGCCCUAGUGGCAAGCUAUCCGUUCGACAACACUCCCAACUCAAGAUUCUGUAUUUCAUCACCACUGUGUUCUGUGUUCCAGAGCUACACCUCUACGCCGUCGCUGACGCCCGACGACGACGUGUUCAAACAUUUGGCUCUGACCUACUCCAGAAACCACCCGACGAUGAACCAAGGAGUGGCAUGCAAAGCGGGAACGCCGACGUUCAAUAACGGCAUCACCAACGGAGCCGCGUGGUAUCCGCUCACAGGUGGUAUGCAAGAUUUCAAUUACGUUUGGUACGGUUGCAUGGAAGUGACAUUGGAAUUAUCUUGUUGCAAAUACCCAUCCACUUCCGAGCUGCCCAAACUCUGGGAAGAAAACCGAUUGUCGCUCGUCAAAUUCUUAGCUGAAGCUCACCGAGGAGUCCAUGGAUUCGUGAUGGACGAACACGGUAACCCGAUCGAAAAGGCAUCGCUGAAGAUCAAGGGCCGUGACGUAGGAUUCCAAACGACCAAGUACGGUGAAUUCUGGAGGAUAUUGUUACCCGGUGUUUACAAGCUCGAGAUCUACGGAGACGGAUACAUACCCAAGGAAAUGGACUUCAUGGUCGUGGAACAACACCCCACUCUGCUGAACGUCACGCUGCACACGUCUAAGGUUUUAAGGCAAAAUACAAUUUCUGCAUUUUCUUCUUCUACUACUACUACUACUACUACUACUACUACAGAUUCAAGAAUAAAAUUCCCUAAUUCUAACAGAUUUUGAAUUUGAAGUUUCUCUUCUUGACUUCAUUGAUUCAGACAGGAUAACACACCUUACAGACAGCCAGUUCCUCACUUCUAUCAUCAUCAUCAUCCACAAGGUAUAGCAUUGGCGCCUAAACAACCAACUCAAGACCCUGGAAUAUUCUCAAG